GGCGGCAGCUCGUGGCAGUGUGGUGAGGGCGUCCGUCCGCGUCGGUGCCGUGCUGCCGCUCCGUCCGCGUCUCGUGCCAUUGUGAGAGCCGCUCACUCUGCCUCCUUCCGCCCGCGCUUCCCGCCGCCAAGUGCUCACGCCUGGAUGGAGUGUCAGUUACCAUGCUGAGUCAGUGAGUGUUGUGCAGGGAGUGCGGAGGAAUCUCGGGAUCAGUGUUUGAGUGUUGCGCCAUGGGCGGCUGCAGUGUGUGGUGUGGGUGGCUGGCUGCGGCGGUGGCGCUGGUGACCUAUCGCGCCGCGGGCGGCUUCGUGCUGGAGGGCUCGCCCACCUCCUUCGCGCAGUUCCCGCGCUGGGUGCCGGGCCCUAACGGCUCGCUGGAAUUCGAGUUCCUGACGCGGGAGCCCAGCGGCCUCUUCCUGUACACCGACGACGGCGGAUCCUACGAGUUCUUUGAAGUGAAGCUGAUCGAGGGCGCGGUCCGCCUGCACUACAACCUGGGCGGCGGCGCCCGCCUGCUGACGGUGGGGCGCGGCCUUAACGAUGGGACGUGGCACAAGGUGCGGGUGUCGCGGCGCCACGACCGCACGCAGCUCACGGUGGACGGGGCCACGGAGACCCGCUCGGCCAAGGCGCUCGUGCACGAGUUCGGCUCGCCCGCCUCCAACUCCUUCGUGUACGUCGGCGGCCUCCCCGAGCUGCUCACCAGGCAGGUGGGCGCCAAGCUCACGCUGCCCGUGAUCACGCUCGAGCCGCGCUUCGCCGGCCAGUUCCGCAACCUGGUCUACACGGGCGCCGACGGCAAGUCCCGCAACCAAGACAUGAUCGCCAGUCAGGGUGUGCAAUUAGAAGGCAAGCCUAGUGAGUGCGAGCAGCGAGAUCCCUGCAUGAACGGAGGCCGCUGCUACAACUCGGAGCGUGGGACCCUCUGCGACUGUUCUCACAUCAGCUACGAAGGUCCAUUCUGUGAGAAAGAACGCCAGGUGGAGGAGGCGACCUUCCGCGGCAGAGAAUUCCUGUGGUGGGACUUGCGACGCACGGGAGGACAGCCUCUCGCCUCCCAGCAGGAUCAGCUCUCCCUGUCCUUCAAGACCAGACAUCCUGCGGGAGUCUUGUUCUUCACCGGUGACGGCAAGGACUACGUCAAUGUGGCGCUACGCGAGGGCGGCGUCCUGGUGACCCUGGACAUGGGCGGCGACCCCCUCAAGGUCACCGUCAGACCGAACAGUGUCCGCUUCGAUGACAACCAGUGGCAUACGGUCACUGUCCACCGUACUGUCAAGGAGAUUAAUGGACACACCAGCUUCUGUACUCUGUCGGUGUCGGUGGACGGCCUCUACACUGAGAAGGGCACGACAGCCGGUCCUUUCUCGCAGCUGUCGUCCUCGCGCCUCAACCUCGCCGGCGCUGACGUCCCCGCCCUCCUGCCCGGCGCGGAGACGAGGUCGAACUUCGUGGGAUGCCUCAGGAAGGUGGAGUACCGGGCCGACUCCAUCCGCCUCGACCUCAUCCGCAUGGCGAGAGAGGGAAGUCCACUGCUCCACGUCUCCGGUAAGCUGGACUUCAUGUGCCUGGAGGUGGAAGCCGGCGUGCCCGUGUCCUUUACCACGCAGGAGUCCUACCUGGAUGUACCUGGGACCGGUUUGGUCAAGUUUACACGCCCUGACGCUGUGCUGGUGCUGCCGUCUUGGGAGGCCCCGCGACAGGGUUCCAUCAGCUUCAAGAUGCGGACUACGGAGCCUAAUGGCCUGCUCAUGUAUAAUUCAGGCGCUGUGUCGGCACAGGGAGAUUUCUUCGCCCUGGAACUACUCGAAGGUCACAUCUACCUGCACCUCAACCUCGGUUCGGGGUCACGUCGGGUCAAGGCCACGAACCGCCGGGUAGAUGAUGGGUUCUGGCACGAGAUCACACUGAACCGAGACUCCCAGGCCGGAAGGAUAACGGUAGACGAAGGAGCUAAUGAUUUCACGACGCCAGGAGAUUCGCAUCAGCUGGACCUCGAAGGAGCCCUCUAUCUAGGAGGCGUCGGCGUAGGAGUCAGCGUCCCCCCGGAGCUGUGGACAGGACGCCUUGGCCUAGGAUACGUAGGAUGCAUGAGGGAUCUGGUAAUCAAUGGCCAGGCUUCGGAUCUCACGACGUACGCUAAGAAGCAGGAUUCAGGAUCCAUCGUCAAAUUCUGCCACAGCGACGGAGGCUCCUGUUCCUCCUCCCCCUGCAUGCACGGCGGCACCUGCAGACAAGGCUGGGGGCGCUUCGUGUGUGACUGUUCGCACACCACCUUCGUCGGCCCCACCUGCGGGAAAGACGCCGCCACCCUGAGCUUCGAAGGCAACCAGUACUUCAAGGUGACGGCAGGCGACGAAUCGAGCACGCAGGCGGAGGACAUCUCCUUCAGGUUCCGCACCAACCGUCCCGCGGGGCUUCUCGUCGCCACCACGUCCUCGCAGUCGUCGGACAAGAUCGAACUCGCGCUGCAGUCGGGGAUGCUGAGGCUCACCGUCAAGUUGGGAGACCGAGAUAAGGUUGUACACGCUGGGAACGGACUUAACGAUCACCAAUGGCACACUGUACACUUGGUCCGACGCGCUACACAGAUCACGCUUCAGGUGGACAAGGAAGCGCCUGUCCAAGACCACACGAUGGGCCGCCACAGCAUACUUCAGUACCGGGACAUCCACAUAGGCAUGGUCCACGACAACUCCACCAGCAAAUGGAGACCCACUUCCACUUACUCUUCCCUCUCUUCCUCUUCCUCUUCCACGUCCUCAUCUUCUUCUGUUCCUCUUUCUCCGUCUCCUACUAGCUCGAACCAGGGCCCCGUCGCUCCCUUUAUAGGACAGAUGCAGAGUUUUUAUAUGAAUGGAGAAUACCUGUUUGAAAUGGCUCGCUCUGGACACGGCGAGAGAUUUGAGGUAACGGCGGAGUUCGGCAAGGGCGCCCGCAUCAUCCACCACCCAGUGACCUUCAAGUCUCGCUCGGCCUUCGUCGCUCUCCCUCAGCUCAAGGCCUACUCCUCCACCAACAUCUAUUUUCAGUUCAAGACCCUGCAGCCCAAUGGACUCAUCAUGUUCAAUGGCGGCAAAGGCCACGACUUCCUGGCCAUCGAGCUCGUCAACGGCCACAUCCACCUGAUCUUCAACCUGGGCGACCGGCCGGUUCGACUAAGAGACAACAACAAGGUGGCUCUCAAUGACAACAAGUGGCACGCCGUGACAGUGAGCCGCCCCUCGAAACGACAGCACACGCUCAUGGUCGACGAUAACACCGCGAAGGUUAUCAGCGGAGGAAGCAACGGUAACCUGGAUCUCCAAGACUUCCUCUACCUAGGUGGCCUUCCUCCUGAGAUGUACACCAGCCUCCCUCGCCACGUUGAGUCUCGCACGGGCUUCGAAGGCUGUAUCGCGUCCCUUGACCUCAACGGCGAAGCUCCUGACCCGGCGGGCAAGGACGUUCCUUUGAUUUCAAGCCCCGUCUUCCCAGGCUGUGAUGGACCAAGUACAAAGUGUCACCGGAAUGCAUGUGCAAACGGCGGAACGUGCGUGCAACAGUGGAACUCCUAUUCAUGCAACUGCGACAUGACUUCCUUCACUGGUCCCACAUGCUCUGAUGAAUCCACGGCGUAUGAGUUCGGCGGCGGCGCUGGCAUCAUGACCUUCCAGUACCCCGAGGGCAGAUGGCCUGACACCCGCCGUGACCUGCUGGCGCUUGGUUUCAUGACCUCGCAGGAGGAUGCGGUCAUGUUGAGGCUGGACUCGGCCAAUUCGAAUGACUACAUGGAACUGGAGAUCGUCGACGGCAACAUCUUCAUGGUUUACAACAUGGGCACGGAGGACCACCCCAUAGGCGAGGUCAUGGCGAAGGUCAACGACGGUAUCUAUCACGUGGUCCGCUUCAUCAGGUCAGGCUCCAACGCCACGGUGCAGAUCGAUGACUACGAAGUUCGUUCUAAGAAUCCCAAAGGACACCAGCUCUCCGUCUUCAAUGCGCAGUCCCGCCUUCAGAUCGGUGGUCGAAGGGCGAGGAGGUCCACGUCUAUCGAGAGGCCCUUCAGGGGUAUCAUCUCCGGCCUGGUCCUGAACGGAGAGCGCCCCUUGGACCUGGCAGCCGAGAGGGACCCCAGGGUGAACGUCCGGGGAGAUGUCCACCUCCUGCUGUCCGUUCCCAAGAUCCUCCCGGUGCAGAGCAAGGACGAACUCAACUACUGGCAGAGGACUCCGCCGCUUCCGGGACCGAAACCAGGAGACGGUGACGAUCUGGUCUUCAGCGGCGCCGGCUCGGGCUGUGACAUGGACGACGAGGACGAGUGUAUUCCGGUGUUCGAUACGGGCUCAGGAGACGACCUCAUCACGCCCGUGUACAUCCCGCCCACAAUGACCACCGUGACUAAGCCGCCCCCGCACCACUACAUCCCUAAUAUUGACGUCGGCGUGGGUUCGAGGCCCUGUGAUGACGAGGAGGACUGUUAUAACGGAGGCUCUGGUUCGGGAGAGUUCAACACUGACGACGGAGCUGUCACCGACCUGGAAAACGGCGACGACGUGGAGCUGGUGAACACCGUGACGAACCAGCCGCUCGUGGUGCCCGAGGUCAUCCACUCGGAGGAGCGGGACCCCUUAGAACCAGGCGGCAAGAAGGACCCCGGCUCAGGACCCACCACCACCCACUCCUUCUUCGCCGUCACCGAGAGCACCACGACGAGCACCACGACGCCCACGCCCAGGACCCGCACGCGCCCGACCACCGCGCCCCCGUCGUUCCCCUCCAUCGGGCCCCAGACUGACUACGAUGAUAACGGGAAUGACUACAGCCAUGAGUACGAGGAUACGUUCGGGGAGACCACGGGCGUGUCCAACGACCCGACGAAGGUGCGGACGCCCAACGCCAAAGACCAGAUCCACAGCGAUGCGUCCGGAAGCAUCGCCCUUGUCAUCAGCAUCAUCGCGGGUGCCCUCAUCAUCGUCAUCCUCAUCAUCCUGCUCAUCCUCAAGUUCAAGGGGCGCCGCGACGGGACGUACAAGGUGGACGAGACCAAGAACUACGAGGGUAUCCCCACGGUGCCCACGCCCAUGGUCAACGGCCAGGGCAACGGCAACAUCAAGCCCGGCGACCGCAGGCCCGUCAAGAAACAGAGUAAGGAUGUGAAAGAAUGGUACGUGUGAAACUUAGAAAUUUAUAUCGAAUUAUUAUAUCAUGUAAAAUCACAAAAUUACGACUGUGAUCUCCAUUCUUUUGCAAUACCUCUACAAUAAUAAGGAUAAACAUUCCUUCAUUCCGUGUCUGCUAUUAGUUCAUGACUAAAUGGGUUAGCGAAUCCAAAAUCUAUUCAAAGGACAAAAAACAAUAUAUAUAUAAAUAUAUAUAUAUAUAUAUAUAUAUAUAUAUAUAUAUAUAUAUAUAUAUAUAUAUAUAAUUAACAAAAGGAGAAGUGAGAGGAAAAAAACAAUGUUUUGUACAUGCAGAAUACUGUAAGUUUGAAAUUCAAAUUUUAAAUUGUCAUUCAACACACUUCAUUUGUAGCUUAGGUUAGGUUACAUCAUGUUUCGGAAAUCAGUGCCCUUGAAUGUCGCUGCUUAUUUGAAAAAAAUCGACUUUUUUGUAUUGAUUAGCCAGUGGAGGUGCGUAGUUUAGUGACGAUGAGAAUGAUGAGAAGUAGCGUAAGUCUUGUGAGCAUGAGUUGACCUAUUUUGUCAAGAGUGAGCGAGGAUGAGCUUAACCCACUCCUCCAUAACCCCCACCCCCUUUUAGUUUCUGGUUCCCGUUUUCUUUUCACUUAACACGUGCAGUCGUGGUCGCAAACGUCCAUUGUAGAGCAAGAGUCUUGUUAGUCGUCAAGCUUUACACUGCUGCCUAGACCCCUUGUGUUACGGGGGUCUUGGCACAUAAAUGAAAUCUUUCCUAAACAAAACUCUUUUCAUGAAGAAAACUGUAAUUAAGAUGAUGUACAAUAAUAUUCCCAACUAACACUAAUUAAAAACAAUGCUUUGCAAACAUCCAAAACAUGGUAAAAUGCUACUAUUAUCAAUAUCUAACCUUGUUAUAUAUAGCACAACGUGCAUUAAAAGUAUAAAGUCACAGUAGACUGAUUUAGGUCCUAUGAGAAACCCUGACGUGUAUGCAUUAAUGACGAUGCAUUUAUCCUUGUCGUGCUGAUCGGCCUCCCCUUCCUGUGUCAGGGUCCGCGGACAGUCAGCGAUGUGCUUCAAGAACCCUUCUUUUGCUGUAUAAAAAUUACUUUUUUUCUUUUUCGUUUUCCCUUUUGCAUUACAAAAUGGUCCGCCAAACCGUCGCUGAACUGCCUCUGACUUCUGCUUCCUGUGCCUGUUCUGUGUAAGGGGAAGGGGGAGAGGGAGAGAUUCUUCUGAGGGGAGGAAAGAGGGGAAAGGACCGUGGCGAGGACGUAGGUCGUUAUUACCCAAAAGGUUCGUCUAGGGCGUGACGGGAUGUGAAGCCUUUGUUGAACUUUUUCACUUUUUACAUAUCAUUAGUGAAGUGAUUAGCCAGAUGCGGUAGUCUCUACAAAAUAUAUUUAGUUUAAAAGUCAAAGGGGGCAGUCGGUCAUAGGAAAUUUUUCACAUUGCCUCUGUGGCAAUAGGUUUUUCUUCUGUGGUUAGAAAUAUAAUCGAAACCCCUUAUCUUUAUACGUUUCUGAGCACAAGACACUGGAGUGAAUAACUUCUAAGAAGCAUGAGCUAAUUACGUGUUAUUAAUCGGAACAUUUCUGUGACAUUCCGAAAGAAUUUACCGAUGCUUCAGUUUAUAUUCGUGCACGGCUUUUUCUCACAGUGAAGAGAUGUGUCGCAAUCCUCGAUGAUGGUAGGCCAAAACAAUUGCAGAAUCCUUUAGAUUUCUUCUAAAAAUGAAAACAAAAAACAUAAGGGUUAGGCUAGUCCUUGUCCUUGCACCAUGCAGGGAAGUUAUCCGACCAUGUGUCUUAAAUCAUGCAGCACCAAAAAGCCUUGGCUGGCUCAUGGCUCGUGUCAGCGCUCACGUUGGUUUAUUCUCAUCCCCAGCGUCUCUCACAAAGCGUUCAGGGUAAUAACCGCCCCUUUUUCUUCCCCUCCUUACCCUGUAUCAUCUUUCUGCGCCACACAAUUGGUUUAGGGCGAGAAAGGGAUGGAAAUUAAGUAUGUACGAAAGCGAGAAGAGAGAAAAAAAGAAAAAACAGAAAGGGAAAUAGAAAAUCCCCAACGUUCUCCCUCUCCAAUGCCCGGGAAUUCCCCAUGAACGUUUCCCACCUUCCUACCUGUUACUCAAGGCCGCCUUUGUGUUAGCUGUUGGUUGCAAAGCACUGUUUGAAAACUUUGCACUAAUUGCUUUAAUGUAUGUGAAGGUUAAAGCUGUUGUCUAUUGUGAAAGAUAGGAUAAUAUUGUAUUUGUUAUGAGUCAAAUUUACCCAUUAAGAUUAGAAACGAAUGUUAUGAAGAUAAUGAUAAGGGAAUAUCAUAUCUUGCAAUACUUUUGUUGUGUGAUUAAAUAUUUGUAUAUUUUAAGUUACAAACACAGCAUUAAUAAUAGAUUUGACUUUUAGUAAUUGGUGCAUCAUUAUUGUUUAAAAAACAUAAAGUUAUGUGUACAUAGGAGAUCUAACAUUAAAUAUGUUAGAAAUGA